AUGUUUAAAAACAGAACUAGUUGUCAGAAUAUUUCAAGUGACAAUGUAGUGGUGUCUAUCGGUAUUGUGCCUUCAGUAGAAAUCUGGGAGGCUCUGUUGAUGAUUUUUGGCUUUGGAUUGUUUGCAUGUUUGCUGGCUUAUGGAUUUACCCAAGUGCGGAAAAAGGUUUACCAUGAUAAGGAUAAUUUGGACAUAGCCUUUGACGCUGGUGGAAAGGUGAGCAUCGGGCUGACAGCGUCCACCAUCGUAUCGCAGUGGACAUGGGCGGCAACUUUACUCCAGUCCUCCACUGUGGCAAGCAAGUAUGGAAUCAGCGGGUCAUUUUGGUACGCGGCUGGAGCAACCAUUCAAAUCCUGCUAUUUGCCAUGCUAUCCGUUCAGCUGAAGAUCCGAGCCCCUGGAGCGAAAACCUUCCUACAAGUGAUCAAGGCUCGUUUUGGUCUGAAAACUCACAGCGUAUUCUGUGUCUUCGCACUGCUAACUAACAUCAUCGUGACAGCCAUGUUGAUGCUGGGUGGAGCUGCUGUAUUGACAAGUCUGGUGCGAGGCCUCAGCGUGGAGUAUGCCACAGCCCUUGUGAUGACAGUCAUCGGAGCUUACACGCUGAUAGGUGGUCUUGGCGCCACAUUUUACGUGUCCUAUUUCAAUACGGCCAUAAUAUACAUUGCGAUGUUGAUAUUUAUGAUGGCAGUCUAUCACAACGCUGAGAACCCAAACAACCCUUUAGGUUCCAUUGACAAAGUCUACAAUCUUGUCAGUUGUAGCGAAGGUCCAGCAUCAAACCAAGAGCGGAGUUUUCUGACCAUCCUUUCCAAUUCCGGCCUUAUUUUUGGAAUGAUCAACAUAGUCGGUAACUUCGGCACUGUGUUUGUUGAUCAGUCGUACUGGCAGAGCAGUGUGGCGGCCAAACCUAAAGAAGGGGUCUGGGGUUUCCUCAGCGGUGGCAUAGCCUGGUUUGCCGUCCCCUUCUCCCUGGCUACCACGAUGGGGCUAGCUUACAUCGCCCUCAGCACACGUCAAGGGUCACCUCUCUUGACCGCAGAUCAGGUUGACUCAGGAUUGGUGCCAUGUGUAGUUGCGCAACAGCUCCUGGGAAAACAAGGGGAACUACUCAUGAUGUUCAUGAUACUCAUGGCGAUCACUUCAACGGGCGCCGCAGAAGUCGUUGCGGUGACGUCAAUACUAGUGUAUGAUAUCUACCAGAUUCACCUUAGGCCUUAUCGUCACGUGACAGACGCAAAUGGGUGCAUUUUGUGCGGCAAAGCACGUGGUCGGAUGGCCAACCCACGUGACAAAUGUGAAUGCGUCAGUAUGACAUACUGUGGCGACUGCGCCUCGGACGACAACACGCGUGAGAUCUGCAAGAGGGCAGUGAAGCCUGACUUCCGGUGUAAGGUGCACGGCCCGUACAGGCUGUAUGCUGUUUACCUCGGUCGACUGAAGAGCUGGGGGCUCCUCUGGUCAACCCUGGCCAUAUUUCCACUCACCAUGAUACUCAACAUGAUGCAGCUGAGUCUGGGUUGGGUGUACCUAUUCAUGGGCGUGCUGAUUGGUUCAGCCGUCAUGCCAAUCACCCUGGCGAUGUUUUGGGGACGAAUGAACAGCUAUGGUAUGAUGAGUGGUGCUAUAGGGGGCUCUGUAUGUUCUCUCAGCACGUGGUUAAUCAUGGCUUCAACAUUGGAUGGUGGAUUGUCACUGUUCCUGGUAAACACAGGUAAUGAGAUACCAAUGCUUUAUGGGAAUCUGGUGGCCAUUUUGUCCGGAGGAUUUAUAUCCAUUGUGGUAAGCCUAAUUACGAACCGGAACUACAUUCCUGAGGCGGAGAGUGAGAUAUGGGAGAGCACUCGUGACAUCGACAACCCUCUCAGCCCAUGGACAGAGAUGUACGCUAGAGAACUGAACUUGACUGGUGUUCAAAAGAUUGACAAUCGGCCAUCCUUAUCUGAAGUACACAAGACUUUCCGCGUGGCGAGGUUGGUGGCGACAGCAGGUGCCAUAUCUCUGACAGUUAUAUUGGUGAUCAUAUGGCCUCUGAUCUUAGUGGCCCUUCAAGUCAUGGAUCGCCAGACGUUCACGGGAUGGGUAAACCUGACGGAAGUCUUUGGAUUCCUUGCUACGCUCUUUAUCGUGAUCAUGCCGCUAGUGAGUGAAGGCUUAGAAAUCCGUCGAGCCCUGAACGAAAUCAAGCCUAUGCCAAGCGUAUCAAGACCAAAGAGUUCUGUCCCCAGAGAACAACCAAUUACCGUGCAGUCAGAAGUCCCAGAAGCAUCCAAAACGAAACACACAGAGUUAACCACGUCGUCAGUUCAACUCGAAGCGGACACUACGCAGUCAUGA